CCACCCGCUUCCCGAGGAUCGCCGCGGCGAUACCCCGCACCGGCCGUCCACCCCCACCCGAACGAAAUGCUCCUCCUCCGCCACCGCCACGGCCUCCCCUCCCCUCUCCCGCGCCGUCGCGCCCCGCUCCGCGCCCUCCGCCGCCUCGCCAUGUCCUCCGCCUCCGCCUCGGCCACACCUCCUUCCACUUCCGCCUCCGCGGCCGCCGAGUACCACUGCCGCACCAAGCACAGCCUCACCGCCGGCUACGCGCGCGGCCCGGGCCGCCUCGACUGGGCCAACCAGCCCAACCCCUUCCUCCGCUUCGCCCCCGCGCCCCAGCUCCCGCUCCCCAACCCGUCUCCCCCCGCGCUCUCCGCCGGCCCCGUCCCCUACCCCGCCCUCUUCCACUCCCCGCCCCCGCCCCCGCCGCCGCAGCCGCUCACCGUCGACUCCCUCUCCGCGCUCCUUUACCACUCCCUCGCGCUCUCCGCCUGGAAGUCCACGGGCCUCUCCACCUGGUCGCUCCGCGUCAACCCCAGCAGCGGCAACCUGCACCCCACCGAGGCGCACCUCCUCUUCCCGCACCCGCGGGAGCCCGGCCGGCUCGCCGUCGCCCAUUACGCCCCCCGCGACCACCUCCUGGAGGUCCGCGCCACGGCGCCCGCUGGCGAGUGCGCCGCGAUUCUGCCCGCGCCGGCGACGGCGGUCUUGGCGCUCUCCUCGGUGUUCUGGCGGGAGGCGUGGAAGUAUGGGGAGCGGGCGUUUCGGUACUGCAACCACGACGUGGGCCACGCGCUCGCGGCGGUGGCGGUAGCUGCAGCGGCGCUGGGGUGGGACGCGAAGGUGCUCGACGGGUUGUCGUACCAGGAUCUAGGGAGGCUGGUUGGAGUGGACAACGGGAGCCUGGCUGCAACGCCUGAGGAGCUGCCCAACAGAGUGAUCAAGGGUAAGGCGCCUUGGGUGGAGCGGCAGCACCCAGAUUGCGCCGUCCUACUAUUCCCAGCCGGGUCCGAGCCUGAGGUGGACUAUGGCAGGAUGAGUGAUGCGCUGAGGAGGUUUGAUGGGCUGGAUUGGGUGGGGAAGGCGAAUGCGCUUAGUAAGGAUCAUGUGGUGUGGGAUGUGAUAUACUGCACUGCAGAAGAAGUGAAGAAGCAUGGCCCUGCGCCUGAGGAACGCUUUGUUGUGAUGCCAUGGCGGAAAAACCCAGCUAUGUCGGAAGGUCUGUACAAGCAAUUAACAGUGCAGGAGGUGGUGCGAUGCCGGAGAAGUGCGGUGGACAUGGACGUGGUGCAUGUGAUGGGGAGGGACAUGUUUUAUCAGAUGCUGCUGCACUGCCUCCCAUCAGGGGAGGCUGGCACAGGUGAGCGGCAGGGGAAGCAGUGUGCCCUUCCAUUCCGUGUAUUACCAUGGGAUGCAGAGGUGCAUGCCGCAUUGUUUGUGCAUCGCAUCACAGGGCUGCCAAAGGGGCUGUAUUUCCUGGUGAGGAAUGAGGAGCAUUUUGGUGCGUUGCAGCGUGCCAUGAGGCAGGACUUCGAGUGGGUUCGACCUGAAGGCUGCCCUGAUGGCCUCCCACUCUACAGACUGAUGAAAGGGGAUUGCCAAAGGUUGGCAAUGCAGAUCUCAUGCUUUCAGGAAAUUGCUUCACAUGGAUGUUUUAGCCUUGGGAUGAUUGCUAGAUUUGACCCUGUAUUGCAUGAUAAAGGUGAAUGGAUGUAUCCUCGUUUAUUUUGGGAGACUGGCGUUCUUGGCCAAGUGCUUUAUCUUGAGGCCCAUGCUGUUGGAAUUUCUGCCACAGGGAUUGGCUGUUACUUUGACGAUGCUGUUCAUGAGGUUCUUGGCUUAAAAGAUUUGGAGUUCCAAAGCUUGUACCAUUUCACAGUGGGUAGUCCUGUGUUGGACAAGAGGAUAAUGAGUCUUCCAGCAUAUCCGGGUCCUGGAAUUGAUGCAUGAUUUCCACUUUGGUGGUAUUAUCCAUCCACACAUCAAUUAAUGAACUGAGGAACCUAACCAUGUGGGAGUUCGAUUGAGGUGUAGUAGCAUGACAUACAAUCUCUGCAUACACCGGCCCUACUCUCUUAUUUCUGUAGUGGUUAGCCGGGUUGAUUUUAUGUUGAUAUGGUAUGUUGGGAUGCUCCAGCGUGUUUUAGUGCAUGUUCUGGUCUUCAACCAGGUAGUAUAUAAUUGUCUGUCCACAGAUCAACAAGAAUAAUGUAGGUUUUGUACUUUUGUCUGUCCAUAGAUCAACAAGAAUGUAGGAUUAGCUGUCAAAGAAAUUGGAGAUUAAAAACUAUAGAUCUUUUGAGCUUAUGCAAUCAGAAGUUCAAAUUUCUGUA